UGGGGAAAGCAAUACUCGUAUGCACUCUUCAAAGCUAUGAGUCACAUGCUAUGCAUUGGUUAUGGAGCCCAAGCUCCAGUCAGCAUGUCAGAUCUCUGGAUCACUAUGUUGAGUAUGAUUGUAGGGGCGACCUGUUAUGCCAUGUUUGUCGGCCAUGCCACUGCAUUAAUACAAUCUCUGGAUUCCUCCCGGAGACAAUAUCAAGAGAAGUACAAGCAAGUAGAACAAUACAUGUCAUUCCACAAGUUACCAGCUGAUAUGCGCCAGAAAAUUCAUGACUACUAUGAACACAGGUACCAGGGCAAAAUCUUCGAUGAGGAAAACAUCCUUAGUGAGCUUAAUGAUCCUCUGAGGGAGGAGAUAGUCAACUUCAACUGUAGGAAGUUGGUGGCCACCAUGCCACUUUUUGCUAACGCCGAUCCCAAUUUCGUGACAGCCAUGCUGAGCAAACUAAGGUUUGAGGUAUUCCAGCCUGGAGAUUAUAUCAUUCGAGAAGGAGCUGUGGGUAAAAAAAUGUACUUCAUCCAGCAUGGUGUGGCUGGUGUCAUCACAAAAUCCAGUAAAGAAAUGAAGCUGACGGAUGGCUCUUACUUUGGAGAAAUUUGCCUUUUAACAAAAGGCCGCCGCACAGCCAGUGUCCGAGCUGAUACUUACUGCCGCCUCUAUUCACUGUCUGUGGACAAUUUCAAUGAGGUCUUGGAAGAGUACCCCAUGAUGAGGAGAGCCUUCGAAACAGUAGCAAUUGACCGACUAGAUCGGAUAGGAAAGAAGAAUUCUAUUCUUCUGCAAAAGUUCCAGAAGGAUCUGAAUACUGGUGUUUUCAACAAUCAGGAGAAUGAGAUCCUGAAACAGAUCGUAAAGCAUGACAGGGAAAUGGUGCAGGCCAUUGCUCCGAUGAAUUUCCCCCAAAUGCCAACCCUGAAUUCCAGCACUUCAACUACUACUCCUUUCCCGAAUGAGGACACAAUCUCCUCCCGUUUACACAGCAACCAGCCUGUCUCAUAGCAACCUGCAUUCCCCAAGUCCCAGCACCCAGACCCCACAACAAGCUGUCAUCCUGUCACCUUGCUCCUACACCACAGCAGUCUGCAGCCCUCCAGUGCAGAGCCCUUUGGCAGCUCGAACUUUUCAAUAUGCUUCUCCAACUGCUUCCCAGCUGUCACUGAUGCAGCAGCAACCACCUCCACCACAGCCACCCCAGCAGACACCACCCCAGCAGCCCAGCCACCACCUCAGCCUCU